AUGAUGGGCGCGGAGACGACUCCCAGCUUCGGAUCGCCGCCGCCCAGGGAGGAGAUGGAGAGUCUCGUCCUCACGGAUGACCAGUCGACGUACCGCAGCGCUAUGUCUUCGUCUUCUCUUCCAGACGACCGCCACCCGCUGUCGGCUGUCCCCGUCUCCCUCGACGCUGGCGAUCCACUCCUGUCUCCUCCCCCGCCGGUGCUCCAGGGCCCUAGCUCUCCGUCCUCAUCCUUCCUUGACCCACCGUCCUACGCCGAUGUGAUCUUCAGUCCCUUCGGGGGGGAAAAUGGCCAGUCCUCUGAGCACCUGUCCCUCGAUGGGGAUUCUUCUUCCAGAUCCGACCAUUCGUCGAGCACAGGGUAUGCUAGAAUCACUGUUUCGGAACCCCUGAAGGAGCAGGAGACGACCAAUUCCCUGGUACCCGGAUCAAAUACCUACGUGACCUACCUGAUUACGACGAAGACCAUGGAUCCCGACCUUGGCGGUCCGUGUGAGGUCAGUAUCCGGCGGCGCUUCAGAGACGUAGUGACACUUUCUGAUCGACUUGCGGAGUCUUACCGCGGUUUUUUCAUUCCGCCCCGGCCGGAUAAGAACGUGAUGGAGAGCCAGUUGAUGCAGAAGCAGGAGUUUGUGGAGCAACGUCGAUCUGCCUUAGAGAAGUACCUCCGCAGGCUGGCAGCGCACCCAGUGAUCGGGAAAAGUGAUGAACUUAGAGUGUUCCUUCAAGCGCAAGGAAAGCUGCCUCUGCCAACGACGACAGAUGUCGCGUCGAGGAUGCUGGAUGGAGCGGUGAGGCUGCCCAAACAAUUAUUUGGGGAGCCUGGAAUGGGCUAUGUCGCACCACAGGAAGUGGUGCAGCCGGCCAAGGGCGGUAGGGAUCUGCUGAGAAUUUUUAAGGAACUUAGGCAGUCGGUGGCGAAUGAUUGGGGAGGUAUGAAGCCCCUGGCUGUGGAGGAAGAUAAAGAGUUUCUGGAGAGGAAGGAGAAGAUGCAGGAUCUGGAGCAGCAGCUUAGCAUUGCUUCCCAGCAGGUAAAUUUACAUCACUAGAGUUCACUCUCUUGGCCUAAAAUUUUUCCCUUGUAAGUUUACAUUCACCUUGUAAUCUCAGAAUUCGGGAAUCGACAUAUCUCUUGCUUGAAUGUCAAACAAAACCCCGAAUAUAUUCCCAGGUUUCAUUGCAUGUGAUCAUGCUUUAAUAUGUCGGAAUUUAUCCAAAGUAUGGUCGAGAAGGAGAAAUUUAUCAGUUGCUGAAAAAUGAACUGAUGAAAUGGUAAAGCAGACGCUGCAAUAAGAAAGGGUAUAAAAGCAGGAUUGAUGAAUUUUCUACACAAAUAAUUUUCCUUAUGAACUUUUUAGGCAAAGUAUCAUUUUAUAAAGACCUUUGUUCCAGUUAGUUUUCUUAUGAUUUCUCAUCCAGACAAGAAUCUGAAAUACGGCAAAUAAUAUUUUGCGCUGCUUACGUUUUAUUGAAUGAAGGAGUCUUUUAACAAUUAAGAGCAAUGGAGACCAUCAGAAAUGUUAUUUUUAUGUAAUGCUUUUAUCGGGUUCUUCUGAAUUUCAACUUAAAUAACUUUCCAAGCAGGCAUUAUUUGAAAUUUGACGUCUGUAGAAUGAACAUCUUCUUGUACUGAUUUCAUGUGUCCUACUUUUCUUUCCAUUCCACCUCUGCUCCCAUGCAACGUUUGGAAGGAAGGCCUUGUUCGGAUGGAUGGUUCAAUCUAAUUCAUAAGUCGCGAAUUUAUGUGAUGUACUCACUGAAUUUGUAACCGACAGUGCUACAAAAUUUGGUUAUCUAUGGAUAGAAAAUGCUGAAAUUUAGGAUGUCAUGCACUUAUCUGGAAGUUCAUUUGAGGAAAGUCCUAUUCCCGAGUUCAUAUUUUAAUAUUUUCGUCAGUGUAUCCUGUCUAGUCCUUCACAUGAUGUUAUUUCCUGUGUUCAGAAGUCUGCUUCUUUUUUGUUUCUUCAUGAACGCGAUAAUAUUUUUAUUUCAUCUUCAAUUCAGGCCGAAGCACUUGUGAAGGCUCAACAGGAUAUUGGAGAAACAAUGGGCGAGCUGGGAUUGACAUUCAUCAAGUUGACAAAGUUUGAAACCGAGGAGGCUGUAUAUAAUUCUCAGAGAAUACGUGCUGCUGAUAUCAGGCGUGUUGCCACUGCUGCUGUGAAAGCUAGCAGAUUCUAUCGGGAAUCAAAUGCACAUACUGUUAAACAUCUGGUAAUCAUAAGUCUCGCUAAAGAUUUGACAGUGCCACAUGGGCCAAUGUUUCUUGGUCUUUAGUGCUUAAAGUAUGCGAGAUGUUGAUCUGUCUUUUGUUAUUCUAUUUUGACAGGAUACCCUCCAUGAGUACCUUGGGCUAAUGUUAGCCGUUCACAGUGCUUUCUCAGAUCGCUCUAGUGCAUUAUUGACCGUUCAAACACUUCUAUCCGAGCUAUCUUCCUUGCAAGCAAGGGCUGAAAAACUUGAAGCUGCAACCUCAAAAAUAUUUGGUGCUGAUAAGUCUAGAGUCCGCAAGAUGGAAGAAUUGAAAGAAACCAUUAGAACGACUGAAGAUGCUAAACUUGUUGCACUCAGAGAGUAUGAGCGCAUCAAGGUAGUAUGUCAUCUCCUUUGAAUAUCUACAAAGUAUAGUAACUUGUUACUUGUAGCUUUUAAUAUAAUAAUAUCUCAUAGGAUAUGGAGAAGCUAUUUUCAUUUUCCUCUGCUCUAAUUUUAAUGCUAGAUCUCGUGUACAUAAGCACAAGGGUCAAUCCUGAACCUGAUGCUAGAUCGAUUCUAGUGCACAUUGCAUCCUUACUAAUAUAAAUAAAUAAAUGGCUGUCGUAGAAUCAUUUUUCUCCAUUUUUCGCUGUGAAAACUUCUUGGUUCAUCAUCCCAUUCACUUCAUAUAAAUGUUCUUGGACUCUCACAGAUCUUGCUCAUGUACGUGACAAUUAAAAAUCUGAUCCUCUAACCCUAUUGGCAGGAUUAAGUGAAUUAGCUGUUGUAAUUUAUGCUGAAAAUACAAAAGUUCUGAGAAAUGAAGGUGUCUGACGUUGUGUUCAAUGGACUUUCUGGAGAGUUGCACGUGUAGAUUCGCUUCUGUUCUUCCUUGUACUCAUAAUCUCAUCCCGUGAAUGCAAAUAAGGUUAAUGAAUAAAAAAUUCAAAGGGUAAGAUUCUCCAAGCUAAUAGGCUUUUGGAGGUGGAAGUGUUUUUUCCUUUGAAAUAGUGAUCUAGUUAAUAGCCAUUUGUAUUCGAACUUGAUGAUGCCCAUGCUAUUUGUUGAAAGUUUCUAGUGAUAUUGAGAAAGUAAGUUUCAUAGAUACUUUAUGGUUCAAAAAUUGCACGAAUAAGGCUUUUAUUCCAAAGAAAAUUGAAGGAUGUUAGAACAGGGAAAAAUAACAGGUUUACAUGAGAGAAAUUCGUUUAAGCUUUAUUAGGUCAUGAAUAAUCUGCUAGUGAAUGCGUGCUAUAUUAGCCCAGAUCACUACAGUCUUCAGAUCUUGCUCAGAUUUAGUAGACAGUAGGAAUUGAAUAAUUGAACAAAAGGAAGAGGCAACAGAGCAGCAUCAGUGAAGGAAUGAUGCUGUAUUAUGGAUCGAAAAAAAAUAAUGGAAAUGAAGGAAAGAGAUUGCGAACUGUUGCGUCAGAUAGAAAUAAACAGAAUAAUCACUAAAUGUAUAUGUUCGAGUAUGAGAAAUUCUUUGCCGGAAGAAUCAACGUCAUGGGUGGACUAUUGUUGUAAGGGAUACGUCCCUAGUGUGUGGUGCCUGCCAUACUACGGUUUCUUUAUGAUUAUCUAGUUGCAUAUAAACAGAGACCAACUUCUCCCCCCCUCCUCACCCAAUCCAAAAGAGAGGAAGAAAAGUCAGUGUUUUCUGCUUUCUUUGAGGUCAUCUUUUACCUUGAUCCGAUGUCCUAUUCGAUAUUUAGCAGAAAAUUACAACCUUACCACUGGAAUGCUGUUAUCCAUGUGUACUUACAAUCUAUUAUCACACAACAGAAUUUAAAGAUAUUUGCUUGAGAAAGAAAUUUCGAUGCCAUCCCUUUCCCGUCCUUGUCGAAUUCUCAAAAUGCUAGAAACUGAAGCAAUUACUCGAGUCAGAACAUAUGCGAACCUUCCUGACAAUUUGAAAUUGUCUUUUCCCGGCAUCUGCAAUCUCCUAAUAAAGUUGGUUACGAGUAAUUAACAAUAAAGUGGAACUUUGGAUCCGCAAGCAAUAGCCGUCAUCUUUAACUGCACGACAAACAUUACGCAGUACCGUCUGUUUGGGGCAUGAUCAAGUAGUUAAUAAAAAGUUGUGUCAGAUUUCAUCACAGACGCUCUCAACCUACAUUAUUGAUGAUGCUGGCUUCAUACCCAGGGCCCUAUCCUGCCUCACUGGUUUUGUACGUAUAUAUACUUAGAAGGUCUACUUAGACUUUGAAAGACUCUUUGCUGAACGCAAAGUAGAUAUUGCUGAACGCAAAGACUCUCUUGCUGAAAGACUUCAUAUUGACUAAUAUAUUUACUCUUAAAAUUGGGUAUUGCCGAUUCUAAAUAGAUUGUGUUAGUUUCAACGUUGUUCCUUUAAGUCCUUGUUAUUUCGGCCUACCUUCAAGCUGUUUUUGGUAGAUGACAUGACUUAUUCUUGGGAACAGAUAAUUUGUUUCCUUAGGAGGAAACCCCCCUUAGAUCACACGUUAUCCUCAUUCGGCAUUGUCAUUGCCUGUGAAGAUAAAAAUUUGAUAUGAUCAGGACUACCCUCUAUGCUGGUAACAAUUUGAGGGGAUCUCACGUCAGUGUUUCCUGUUAGCCCCUAUGCUGGAACGAUAUACCCUCUGGCUUAGGAAUUUGGAAACUUGAAACCUUGGAUACUCGCCUCUAGCCUUUUCUAUUCUUCAAGCUUGCAUGUGAAGAUCAAUCCCAGGCUUUUUUGGGCCCUAUCUCCUUCAUUGAGAUUCUCUUGAAAUGGGAGUUGGAAUUCUAGGGUGAUUGGAAACAAUUGUGAAUGAUCCGUCAUGCUGCUCACAGACCUUUUCUUUUCCUUGGGGCUGGAGUGCUUCUUUAUUGUUCAUCUAUGCCGAUGAGUCCAUUGGGAGCAUUGUAAUAAUGCGAGGGAUCAGAUUAUAAUGUGAGAGUUUUCAAAAGAAUGUGUAUUGUAGUUGUAUGGCCAUUAUGUGUUUAUCUUUUUAAUUGUUUUGUGGGCACCUUCAAGUGUGAGCAUGCAUCCCUUUUCUUAAAAUGUACAGUAGAUGUGCACCCCUUGAAAUUUAAUUUUAUCAAGCAAUUUUCCGUGAAUUUUUUGUGCGAAUCAAAGAAAACUGCCACAACAAUGCAGGAAAACAAUCGAAGUGAACUCGAGAGGCUUGACAGAGAUAGGCACGAUGAUUUCCUGGGCAUGUUGAAAGGGUUUGUAAUUAAUCAGGUAUUGAUCUAUACCCAUGAUGAUAUCCUAGUUUUUACUGAUAUCGUUUCAUAUUUUUUCCAUCUUUUCUUGUUAUCUGCCAUCUAUUUUGCAUCCGGAUGUCUUUGAGGGCUAAUUCUAGACGAUUUUCGUCUGCAAUGAAUGGUUUUUAUGAUAGAUAAAUCAGUUAUUGACUUCUCACUGACCGGAUGGGAAACAAUAGUUGAAAUUUUACCAUAAAAGGAUGAAAGGAGGUUCUGAAUUUCUUCAAAUUAGCUGGAGUUUACUUACUAACGAUGCAGAAAUAAAUAGAGGGAUGAACGAGAUGGAACUGGGUUUUUUUUCUGUUUCCCUGCUGAAUCUUAUGAAUGUCUAAUUAUCACUGGUGAGGUUAUCUAAAACAUUAGUUCCCACCAGGUAAAUGACCUCAUAGAGAGCGACCAGUCCCAACACAAAAAACAUUCCAUCAUAUGAUAGAGAGCCCAUUGCCUGAUUUUAAUAGACUCUGCCGGAUAAAGGUUAUGUGAUAUGUUCAUCUGCUGUGAGCCACGGUUUUAGGCUUGAUGCAGUAGUUCUUCAUCUCAGAUGUCAUCAACUCUGUUGAUCAGAAUUCUGGCGCGUGGUGCCUCUGACCAGGGGGUCCUGUGCAACAAAUCAUCAAGUACCUGCGAGUUCUCCUUCCGAUAAUGUUUUAUAUGUUCAAGGCAGGUUCUCCUGCUGUGGCAUGUUCAACACAUUUUCUGACGGAUACUGGACAUUUAGAAAAUGAUGCAUAUCCAUGCAGAAAUGGUCGGAUAGCCUAGAUUAUGUGGUCUACCAUGAUGAGCAGGUCCACCUUGGCUUCCGGGGACGAAUCAAUGAGAUUAAGAUUCAGGGGAGGACGUCGAGCUCUGGGCAUCAAUACCAGAAGGGGAGGGGUUCUAAUUGCUAGAGGGUUUUAGAUUACUAAUCUGGGUAAGUGCCGUCAGGGGAGACGUGCAACUGGGACUACAUCUCUUGAUGAAUUCCUCUCGAAAAGAACACAGAAGAACCAUUGCUCACCUCCAGCGAAGUACCCGGCUUCUCUAUGUGGCAAAUAAAUCUACAAUGAUUCUUGUCUCCCCAUAGCAGACCAUGCCAUGCCAGAUACAGCAUCUCAAGCUUCGCUCUCAGGUGAGGAGGGCACCCGGCGCGGCUAGACGUGAUCAUGGAGCAUCUCACGUUAUUGCCCACCAUGUUCUUUCUGCAUUUCAUUUGAGCUUCGUCCGAGACUUCGCUUUGGAGCCGCUUUAGAAUCUUACGGCCCUUUCAUUGUCUCGAGAGGAGAUCUUGCAGCCCAGAAGCUGCUUUUGGCUGACACAGGGCUUAAACUCUGAUUAUCUCACCUCGUCUGCUCAAUAGGUCGGAUACGCCGAGAAGAUAGCGGAUGUGUGGGAGGCGGUCGCACAGGAGACGAGCUCGUAUGCGAAACAGAGCCAGUAG